CCCGAGAUGGCGGCGCCCUCGAGGGCCUGAAAGCACGGCUCAUGUCUGUCAACGGAGCGGUGUGGGGGCGUGUGCGGAGCCGUCUGCGAGCCUUCCCGGAGCAUCUGGCGGCCUGUGGAGCUGAGGCCUCGGCGUAUGGCAAGUGCGUGCAGGCGUCCACCGCCCCGGGAGGCCGCCUGAGUAAGGACCUCUGCGUUCGCGAGUUCGAGGCCCUGCGGAGCUGCUUCGCCGCCGCGGUAGGUGGGCGUGUCCCCGCUGCGUCCUCCCCGUCUGGCGUCCUCUUUUCUGCCGAGCAACUCCAGCGAAAGGGGGACGGGGCCUCCAGGAAGGGCAACCCGAUGAGACCGACCCCAGCUCCGCUUGGUUUCUCGCAGCGAUUCCUGUCGGAUGCCAGGCGGCGUCCUGCUAGGCACGCACCCCGGACGCACCCUGUCACCGAGGAGUCAAGUGCAGGGUCCGCAGCAGGUUCUCACUGCAGCACAGCAGCGAUGCUGAGAGCUGCUUGGGUUCCUGAUCCUGCCCUUCUUGCCCAUGACCCCUCCAGUAGAGCUAGGGUCGGAGGUUAAGAACCCAGGGCGACAGACACAGUGCAUCUGGUGCCGUUUGCUGGUGUUCCACAGUAGCCUCGGCAGGGAGAACGGUGUUUGGGGGAGCUGACUGCAGCCCAGCCUCCCCUGCACGCAGCCUUAGACUGGUUUCCCGGCAGAGGCUGUUCAGUCAUCAGGUGUUGUGAUUUUCUUGUUCCUUCUAAUUUGACCCCUCCCUGCCUUGUGGCUGCCUCCCAACCCUGUGCCCCUCCCUGAGCGAGAAGGCGACCAGACAAGCCUUUACUCUUGUGGUUGGUGGCCAGCAGCUGUCAUUGAAACCCUAGACA